GAGACAUAGGCUAUACGGCGUGUUUUCAUGUAUCACCACUUUCUUUAUUGAACCGCGACAGAGCCGGUUAUCCGCUUAUCGCAUCUAUACACUCUCCGCUAUCAGGUGUCCUUGGUUUACUGCCGCUAUUAUUGGCUUCCUCCCGUUCAUCUUUUACACCACCGUAUCCUGAUCCACAUUACCCAAGCAAUGCUAGUUUCCCGUGAACAGCAUGGCAAGUCGUUUACUUCCCGUAUGUGCCCUUUUGGGCGCGAAGAAACAUCAGUGGGGUACAAAAAGCGCAAGUUCUACGUUCUGCCAUUCUCUUAGUUUCAUUUUCGAAUCUUCAUUCUCGAAACAUGGCAGGCAAGUCUAUCACAGACCUCAAUAACUACUUCCAGGCCCAAGGCAUGGACGCCGCUGCUAGAGUCAGCUACGAGGAGUCCUGCGUGGGCCCUUCAGAUAAGGCUGUUUGGACCGUCCGUUGCAAGGUCGAUGGGAAGCUUAAAGGAGAAGGUGUCGAUCGAACCAAAGCGGGAGCUAAAGAUAUUGCGGCCAAAAAUGCAUUAGAUGCGUUGCAAGCGCAAGGCUGA